AUGAAGGCUGUGUUGCAGCGAGUCCUCUCCGGGUCUGUCACAGUUGACAACCAGGUGGUGUCCUCGAUUGGGAAAGGAAUACUAGUGCUUGCUGCCAUCGGUCCCAAUGACACCAAGAAAGACUGUGAGUCCAUGGCCUCGAAGGUCUUGAAGAUGAAGCUCUGGCCCGAUGACGGCGACUCCAACUGGAAGAAAAGCGUCCAAGAUAUCGAAGGAGAGGUGCUCUGCGUCUCCCAGUUCACCCUCUACGCAAACACCAAGAAAGGCAACAAGCCGGAUUUCCACGGGAGUGCGAGAUCAGAGGUGGCCAAGGAGCUGUACGACUACUUCUUCUCACAGGUUCAGGCACUGUACCAAGCGUCUAGGGUCAAGGACGGCGUGUUCCAAGCCAUGAUGCAGGUCAGCCUGGUCAACGACGGCCCAGUGACUUUGGAACUCGACACCGAAGCAAAGAAAUCUCAAUCAUCAGCCCCGGCUCCCACGUCCAGCGGCAUCGCAACUCCGUCAGGAUAA